CUGAUGUCAUAUCCGGUGUGUGUUGCGCCGUCAGGCUGCCGCUGAAGUUCGCACUUACCCUCGCUAUGUCUGCUACAGCGAGAUAAAGUGGAAGAAAUAACGUUACACACCUCCAGCUCACAGGCACAGUGGCGCAACUCGAGUAGCUUAACGGCCGUUUUUGUACCAGGGAGAAUUAAAGAUGUUUUCUUUUAGCGUGCAACCACAGGUGACUGUACCUCUUAGCCACCUCAUCAAUGUCCUCCACUCUAUGAAGAGCUCAGUGGGAAGCAGCAGUAGCAGCGCCGCCUACACAGCAAGGAAACCCAAGGAGUAUGCUUCCGACUCAGAGCUACACUGCACAGAGCCCAUGUGGAACCUGCGUGAGCUUGGCCUAUCAGACCUGGGAGCACAGCAGCUGGAUGAGCUGGUCAAUCGUAUGUUACCACGCUUGAGUCUACAGGAGGCGCCACUUCCAUCGGGUGAACAGACAGCCUGGAGGACCUCACAUCUUUCAACGCACUCCUUUUUCUACAAUAAGCAUGGCUUCUCGUCUGGUGCAAUGGCCAUGUUGACCCCAGUUUUUUCCAGGCAGCAACCUUCAGCUCUUCAGGCUGUCAGCACAGAGCUACAACAUUGGCCAGUGUGGGUCCAGAGCAGAGGCUUUAAAACUUUUAGGAGCAAAACCAGACGACUGCAGUCAGCCUCUGAACGCCCACUUGAAUCUGAAGGCUUCACACCAUCUUUUAUGAAGGGUUUCCUGACACGUGACAAGGGGGUUGACAUUGAAAGUCUAGACAGUCUGUCAAAGAACAAAAACAUACCUGAAGGCCAGCAGGAUGCUUUCAAGAAGGGCUUCGCGGAGGGUUUCCUGAAAGCCCAAGCCUUGACACAACGCACACAAGAGUCUCUCAGGAGGACUCGUCUCAUCCUGCUGGUGCUGCUUCUUGUUGGGCUCUAUGGUAUCUCCAAAACCCCCUUUAUAUCGGUGCGGUUCCGGACCACAUCAGGCCUGGACUCGGCAGUUGACCCUGUCCAGAUGAAAAACGUGACAUUUGAGCACGUCAAAGGGGUAGAAGAAGCUAAGAAUGAGCUGCAGGAAGUGGUGGAGUUCCUGAAAAACCCACAAAGGUUCACAGCCUUGGGUGGAAAGCUGCCAAAAGGUGUUCUGCUGGUUGGUCCUCCAGGGACGGGAAAGACUCUGCUGGCCAGAGCUGUGGCAGGAGAGGCUGAUGUACCGUUCUACUAUGCCUCUGGGUCCGAGUUUGAUGAGAUGUUUGUUGGAGUGGGAGCCAGCCGCAUCAGGAACCUUUUCAGGGAGGCUAAAGCCAAUGCUCCCUGUGUGAUCUUCAUUGAUGAACUGGAUAGUGUUGGUGGGAAAAGGAUUGAGUCUCCCAUGCACCCUUAUUCCAGACAGACUAUCAACCAACUGCUCGCUGAGAUGGAUGGGUUUAAACCAAAUGAGGGCGUGAUCAUCAUUGGAGCAACCAACUUCCCAGAGGCUUUGGAUAAUGCCCUGAUCCGCCCUGGACGUUUUGACAUGCAGGUGACUGUCCCCAAACCAGACGUGAAAGGACGCACAGAGAUCCUCAACUGGUAUCUAAAGAAGAUUAAAGUGGAUCCAGCUAUUGAGGCCAAUAUUAUUGCUCGGGGCACAGUGGGCUUCUCUGGCGCUGACCUGGAAAAUCUGGUCAACCAGGCUGCCCUGAAGGCAGCAGUUGAUGGCAAAGACAUGGUCACCCUGAAAGAACUGGAGUUUGCUAAAGAUAAAAUCCUCAUGGGCCCUGAGAGGAGGAGUGCAGAAAUAGACAAGAAGAACAAGAUCAUCACAGCGUACCAUGAAUCAGGCCAUGCAAUCGUAGCUUACUACACCAAAGACGCCAUGCCAAUUAACAAGGCUACUAUAAUGCCCAGAGGCCCCAGUCUGGGACAUGUGUCCAUGCUCCCAGAGAACGAUCGCUGGAGUGAGACUCGCUCUCAGCUGCUGGCCCAGAUGGACGUCAGUAUGGGCGGCCGCGUGGCAGAGGAGAUCAUAUUUGGCCAAGAGUACAUUACAACCGGUGCAUCAAGUGACUUUGAUAGUGCUACAAAGAUCGCUAAGAUGAUGGUGACCAGAUUUGGAAUGUGUGAAAAGUUGGGUGUGAUGACCUAUACUGACAUGACAGCCCAGAGCCCAGAGACCCAAGCAGCUGUGGAGCAUGAAAUCAGGGUGUUACUGAAGGAGUCUUAUGAGCGUGCCAAAGCCCUGCUGAAGUCUCGUGCCAAAGAGCACAAAAACCUGGCAGAUGCUCUGCUCAUGUACGAGACACUGGACGCCAAAGAGAUCCAGCUGGUCCUGGAGGGCAAGAACCUGGAGGUCAGAUGAAACCAGUGAAGGAAGCAACAAUCAGGGGGUAGCAGUGUGGAAAGUGGUCAGAUGUUAUGAGCUCAGGGGUCAUGGAAGGAGGGAUGGACAUGAGCAGUAAAUCAGAGGAGUAAGAAGUCAUUACCUGCAUUCACAAAGUCUUUUGACAAGUGCUUAUGUGGGACUAUGUCACAUCUUUAUGCUGUCACCUUUGUUUAAUCUCAUCAAUAUUCCCAAAUAAGUAGUUCUGUUAUGUGAAACUUACACAGGACUUUCCAGAAUUUAAGACCUUCAUUGUAUGUGAUAAAAAUGAAAGGAUGCUGAGGAUGUUGCUCGUGUCACUUUAUCAGUUGGUGGGAGGAAAAGAUCAUGAAUGUAAUUGUGCACCUCAAACGUGAAAACAGUAUCUGCAUAGGAUUCGUGUUUUUAAUGUGAAAAAGUAGUUGGAAUUUGGUCUAAUUCUGUUCAGCCAAGUCUCCAUGGAUUCCUUUUCUGUUAAUGGGAAAUGCUGAGCACCAUGUAUCUUUAAUCCAAAGAUACUGUGUAAUUGUGGCAAGUAGACUUUAUCUCAAUUCAAUGUCAACUCCCAUUUGUCAGUUGUCUUCCAGUGUUCGUGUCUGUUAUUGGUCUGGAAUAUCUGCGAGUUCAGGCUAUACUCGACUGUGUUUCUCAAUUUGGCACCUAAAACUGUAAUGGUGGGGGGUGCAGAACUUUCCAUUUGAUUCUUUGUGUCUGGGAUUAUUGGGAGAUAUACAUUCUCCUGUCCUGAUGUACCCCUCUGCAUAUGUCCCUGUUACUUACUUUUAAAGGUGGCCUUUUGGGGAAUGUACUGUAUGUGUGAAUCUUUUUCUUUAAAGUAGAAAGUGUAUAAAGUUAAGCUUUAAGGUCUCAGCACUUUGGAUAAGUGUACAAAUUAAAAAGCACUCAUGUAAUUUAUUUCAUUGAUGCUGCGUGUACAGAUGGAUCAAAAACUGCUACUCAAAAAGCAUGUGACAAAUACAAACUCUGUUUAUGUAGUGAUAAAGCAUUGAAAUCUAGGAUUUUAAGGUUGUAACCUUGGCCUAAUUUAUUUAAAUAGCCCCAAGUUCUGAAAAACCUCUCAGCAAAAUAUCAGUUUUUCUUGUAAUAACGAGUGGAUUAAAGACUCUUAAACUUUAGAUUAUUCAGACAAACAAGGUGAAUUAUGUCAGGUAUUGUCUCUUGCUGUCUUCUUUGUCAUUACUUCAAAGCAGAGAGAUGUCACACAGUGCAGUGGAAGAAAGAUGUCUAAGCCAAUGUUCAGUGCUUCCUGACAUUGCUCUGUGAAUAUAGGAAGUUAUGCUGUAAUAAGUCUGAUUGUAAAGUGACAUCCUUGAUUUUAAAUAUGACAUUUCUUCAACACAGCUUGUGGGUAGAAACUUGCAGUUAUGCCUCUUAAAAUGUCAAAUGUGUCAGUUUUAAAGUGAAUAGUUAGAGCAACAACACUCUGAUUUCCUUUAAGGUAUAGCUCCUGUCAAGAUAACCACCAGCAUAUGUUAUACUUCAUAGUGUUACCUUUUUCUGCAGGGUUUAUUUCGCUUUAAUUUGCGACACUAUUUCUUCUGUUUAUUGGCCUUUUAUCUAUGUUUAGCUGUGUACAUAUAUGAUCAUGAUGUAAUGGAAACAUUGUAUAUAGAUGUAUAGAAAAGCUUUUAUGCUGUGAACACAUUGAAUGGCUCUCUGUUGUUGAUUGACAAAAUCUCUCAACAGUGUGAUAGCAAUGGUUUGUGAAUGUUUGUGACGCUGAAAUAAAUAAAUAAAGCGCAAAUAAAAACUUCUGA